CACGACAUUCCUUGCAUUCGAUGCAACACAAAAUCUUUACUAAAAUUAAUAGACCAAUCCACAUAUGGACCUGAGGUGAAAAAACUACUAACCUAUGAGGUUAUUUUUUCUUUGUUUCCCCUUCAACUCUUACUUAAGCAUCAACAUAAAAAUUCCAGUUGGUCUUCGCCUCUUCCAGUUGCAGUUUUUGUUUUCCAGAUCCACAAGAAACAAUCAAUGAGCAUCCAUCGUCCGCAACCCAGACAAGGACAAUUCCAGUUGGGGUAAGCUCCACUUUUUCCUUUUUUUCUUUUUUUUUUUCCCCUCCCCCCGGGCGGGUAGUCCUACGGCCUCCACCCCUGUAAUCACUGCGUUUCGUUUCCUAAUUCGGUCGCUUGGUCAUUAUAUCCUUCGGACUGGCCAAUACAAUACAGCUUUCCUCUUUCAGAAGCUUCUUUUAUAUUCCUCAUAGUACAUUCCAGUUCCGUUCAAACCAAAGUCUAGGCUGUAGUGCUGGGAUCGCUACUGAUUCUUGGUUUGAGUAGAGAUGAGACGACGACCAGCCAAGCUUUUGAUCGAUCUUACCGGUUAAAAAGGUAACUGGGAAUGCUGCACUUGCACUUGCAUGCGCAGAGAUUCGUGUUUCUUGCUGAAAGCAUUAACCUGCUGCUUGAGCAUGAUUCUGAAUCUGAUGCGAGUUGACUGCGCACCCAGGAGGACACUGAGUGGAUGUCUUUUAUAGGUGCAGUCGUUACUGUCUCGCAAACUACACGGGAAAAAUGUAGAGCUUUAUUGACUCUCUAAAUAAUAUUCAACUGUCGUAGGAAACGUUGGCUCAUUCUUCAGCAUUUUCUGAUCACAAUUCGCAGGUGAAAUAGCUAGUUCUUGACAUGGACGAAGCGCCGGAGGAAUUGAGAAUAAGGGGAACAUCGCUCAUAACUCAACACAAGUCGCCGCCACUGUCGUUCUACCGUCACACUCAGACUGGCAGCCCAGAGGAUUUGUAUUCGACCAGAGCUCAAAAGCACUUUAAGACCACAAAAAGGGCUCUGGCCUCUCAAAUUGAAGAACCAAUGGAUACUCCUGAGAGCCCCAUCAGUGCAAUGGAGUUCCUGUGCAGACCAUGGAGUCCUUCUGCCUCCAACUUCCUGCAGUUAUUUCCUUCAAGUGUGAGUUUGCUACUUCCCAAAAACAUGCGUAGCACAAACGAUGCGCACUUAACAAGUUCGUCCUGUUAAAUUGUUCACUGACCCAAUGAAGAAACAAUCUAACAACGAAGACAUAAGAAACUGGGAGUGUUUGGGACCAUCUAAGAUUGUGAUCCAUCCGUGACCGCAACCAUGAAGUGGUGGCCCCAUGUCCAAACUUUGACAUUAAUCCACUUCAGUCUCUCUUUUGUCCUUCUGCUAGUACUUUCAUGCUUUCUCGAACUAGGUGAAUAUGCAUUGAACUUGUAAUGAGCACAUACUGAAUUUGAUCCAAAGUUCACCGAGUUCCGAGCUAUAAUCUGUACACACAAAAUGCGGCAUUGAAUUUGUAGAAUCUCUCGUUUGCCCAGUAUGACAGGGCCAGAGCAGAAGAUCAUGAAAAUCAACCACAAGCAGCAUUGAAGCACACCCCAGAAAGGAACCAGGUGCUUGUAAUCAACGAGAAAUUCAGUAGAGUAAUGAUCAAUCUCUCCCAUCAAUGUUCAGGAAUUCAUUCGUUUAUUAGUAGUAAUAACCAGCGAUUUCACAGUCAUCCCUAGCCUUGGAGGUGCAAGAAAUUUGCCAGGUGAUAUUCAACUGAAACAGACCUGUGUUACAACUCUUUGAAUGCCAACUUCUCUAGAAAAGCGAUUCAAGUUAGUAAACGUUUUUUCUUCCCAAAUUUGUGCUCCGGCCUUGUUCCCCACAGCUAGUCCAGUGCUCUUAUGCUCAUAGGAUAGGUUAAAAAUCAUCUAGUUGUACUCUACAUCCCUCAUCUUGAUAUUAUGUACAUUUUGGUUAUGUAGAUGAACUUGAAUCACGUGAAAGGAUGGCCAAAAGGCAAAUCGCUCUCUGGCUUCUUCAGAUCUUGUAAAGAGAAGAAGAAAGAUGAAAUUCGAUGCCACACGGCCAGACUACAUGCUGCACUUUCACUUACAGAGCUUGCUGCAGCAAUUGCAGGCUUUGCAACCAGUACCAGCACAGAAGCACAAAACAUCAACCGAAAAGGCAAUGGUGAAACAAGGGCAAUAUACGAGGAAAUGGGAGGUGCUGUUGCUACUGCAGCAGCAUUGAUGACUACUGUAUGUGCUGAGGCAGCAGAAUCUUUAGGUGCAGAUAGAGCUCAACUUGCAUCUGCAGUCAAUUCUGGCCUGGCCAUCAGUAAUCCUAUUGACAUGAUGGCAGUAACAGCAACAACAUCAACAUGUUUAAGAGGUGCUGCAAUUCUGAAAUCAAGAACUAUGGCAGACUCCUUGAGGAUCCAAGGGCUGCUUAGAGCUUGCACUGAGAUAUGUAUAAUCACCCCAUCAGGUCGCAGAGAACACAAAUGGGUCACCAUACAUUCAAAGCCCAAACAAAUCACACUGUCCUUCAAGAAGAAGUAUUUUGGAGGAACCCUAUCAAUUUCGAAAGAGUACAAGCUUAUCUGUAUCGAGGAAGCAAUGGAAGGCGAGGAAUACUUCUUCCUAAGUUUGAGGACAAGCAAUGGCAUCAUCAAGCUACUAUUCAAAGAUCAGACGCAAUUGAACAUCUGGAUAUCAGCCAUUUCCAGUCUCCUAAAGAUGGCACAACCCCAGCCAUUUCUCAGCUAAGAAGUCACCAGCAUCGUACCAUCCAUGAUUCAGUUCCAAGGGAAACAAAACACAAAUCAAUUAGCCUAUAGCUUGAUGGCUGUGAUACUUUCUUUUCUGUAUGUCCCAUUUAAACAGCUUAUCCAUAUCAGGGAAACAAUGGAAGGUGAGGGAUACUUCUUUUC